UUUGUGAACUUCAAUUAUCCUACAAAUAUGCUGCAACCGAGCAGAAGAGAGGGUCUGAGUCUGCUGGGAUAAAAUGGUUAACUAAACUCUCCAUCCUUAGCUAUUCCAACUCUCUUGGUCGAGAUUUCUUUGAAGGGGAAACGCGGCGAGAUGAACAGGCUUCCCCGCACUUAAAAAACAGGAUACCAUACCCCCGCCGCCAGUCGAACAAUUAUUAAUAAUAAUACGAGCCGUGUCAGCUCCAAGGGCGUGAAAAGCUGGUCUUAUCCUGCAACUACUCGCCGCUGGGUACUGUACCAUAGACAAAUCCCGGAACUGCCCAGUCCUUUUGAUUCUGAUGUGUAAAUAUAUCACAGGCAGCCUUUCCGUCGCUCCCCUUUUUGAAGCGGAAGCAGAAUUUAAGUUAUUAAUAAAUAUCUCAGAACAUCCGUUUCAUCAUUUUCCAGAAAAACAAGAGCAGUCUCAUUUUCUUCACAACUGUCUUCCCUACGCCUUCAAACUGUAAACGAAUCUAUCUAUCCUUCCUCAUUGAACAGCAGCAAUGGCUGCCUCUUCUCCAGAUGGCAGGGCUCUUCGGCUCCGCAAACUCCAUGUCCCUGGUACGCCUCUUGUUCUUGCAAAUAUUCAUGAUGCGCCAACCGCAGAAUUCGUUGCCUCGAACCCUUCAUGUCCUGCUCUAGCAACGGCGAGCUAUUCCGUCGCGAAGGUUCAUGGCCUCGAAGAUGAUGCGUUAGAUCUGGACACGAAUUUAGCUGCUGUUAGGCGGAUUAUCCCUGCUGCGCUCCGGCACAACAAACCCAUCACCAUUGACCUACAGGAUGGUUAUGGAGAACGGCUAGAGGAGGCCAUUGAGGCCAUCAUCGAGGCCGGUGCGUCCGGAUGUAAUCUCGAAGAUCAUGAUAACGAAACAGGCCAGCUCUUCACGUUUGACGUAGCCCUGGAUCGUGUCCGUCGAGUGCUUUCCGCAGCAGCUAGAGCGGGUGUUCCAAAUUUCGCGCUGAAUGCGCGCACUGAUGCCAUCCUCUUGAACAAUGAUGUCGAUGAAGCAAUUCGGCGGGGCAAGGCGUUCCUGGAUGCUGGCGCCACAACAGUAUUCGUCUGGGGAGGCCAGAAGCGUGGUGGCCUCACCAAGGAUGAGGUGGUCCGGAUUUCAAAGGAGCUGGGCGGGCGGAUUAAUGUCAUUGCUUGGCCGCGUGGGUUAAGCGUGCAGGAGUUGGCGGAUAUUGGUGUGGCAAGGAUUAGUGUUGGCCCACGGUUAUGGAGAAGUGCAAAUGCGGGAUUUGAAAAGGCGGCUGCGGACUUGCUUGGUGAAUAUGAGGCCAUGAAAUCGACGCGGAAGUAGGAGGAUGAAGUCAUUUUUUAAAGGCUUUUUUAUGAUUAUAUGUAUGGCAUUUUUGAGGCGUAGCGAUUGUGACAUCCAGGGGAAUGUUCGUUAGAAAUCCUACGCUAUGAAUUAAUGUUGCCUAGGUUUCGUAUCAUUAAAGGAUGCCUUGUGUUUUUGGCAUUUCCCACUACACGUACUCCGUACAUACAUACAAAUACACACGACUCUUAUUCCUUACCACCAGGCACACAGCACGCAACCCAAGAAGGGGGAACGUAUUUCUCUCGACAUAUCACGCUAAUCGGCUACCAUAACCCGUAGUGAUGGUGGCCGGUAUUACAUGAAAUGUGAUAGGUAUGAGUUGCAGUACACGAUACGCAGCGCCUAUGUGCCAGACGGGAUGCCGAAUUUGAACGUGGUGUCAAAAUAGUUUCUCGAAAAUUUACACCAUGAUGGACUUCGGCGGAAUGACCAUGGCCAAACUAUGACCAUGGAAAGAAUCUUAACAUUAAAGAUAUGUUCCUUAAACACGUUCAAUUGCGCUCGAUUGACCAUUCCGCUUUUUAUCCGGCAGUUCUCGUGAAAGGCUGUUGAUUUCCUGUGUCUGGGUGCCCUGUCGCGCCCACUCAGGCUGGGCAGCUGAGGACUGCGCUCCAUCUUCCUGCGUCCACGGAUCGCUCCGAACUAUAGUCUCUUGCACAACGGUUAUUUCCUUCUGAGGCGCAUUCGUCCCUGUGCUAAGAAUGUACUCGUCGCUACCCCAGGCAUUGGUGCCGGGAAUGGAAAGUGGAUGGUGGACUUUUUUGCGCCCUUCCCGUGCGGAGCUUUGUUUUGUUCUGCUACUCGUAUGCCCAUAGGGUUGUGAUGGCCGAUUAGCGGACGUGAGUAGGAAACUGAGUUUCGUGCCGCGGAUGAGCAUGAGCAUCAGCGGGUGGAUGAUUGGGAGGUUGGAAACGACGAUUGCGACGAAUGUUUCUCGGCAUGCCCAUCUACUGCCCGAGACAGCGCCUUCAGGGCCAGACUAAAAGGUGUAAAAAAAGGGGGGGAGGUUAGGUCGUGGAUCUACUUUAUGAUGGCGGCUAGUCUGAAAUCUCUCCUUUCUCCUUGGUUUCCUUUCCCUUGUUUCCCCCCUUUUUCUGUGGCUAUGUAGUGGACUUACAGAAAGAAUCGUUACAGCCCGGAUAACAGCUGCUACCAUAAUGAAACACGCUCCGCUGAACAGUCCCAUCAAUGUGAUCUUUUUGCGCAAGCUGAUGUUUACCUUCCAUAGUAACUGUUGCGGAAAAUAGUUAGAGAAGCAGGAUUGAUUUAUUUUCCGCUGCGAGAGGUGGACUCACUGGAAGUGGAAUGGAAAAUAAUCAUCGAGCUGGAAAUUCGAAGGUCCGACAAUGGUCCAUCGUGCGUACAUACGCACAAGAAUAACUACGAUGCCGAGUGCAAGGAGAGUGAAACCUUCAACGUCCGCGGUCAUUUUCGAUUUUGCAGUUGGCAGCUCCAACGAAACGGGUCUCAGGCAAAAGCGAAAUAGAGAACACUCGCUGACUUAAAUGUGCCGAUGAAAGCUCUGCUCAUGGCGCAUGGCAUCGAGUUUUUUGAGAGUAAGAAGAAAGUCUUAGAGAGGCAAAGCGCAAUACUUGCUUCAUGUGUAUACUUCCUGAUCAACAAGGGGGGUUAACGAUUUCUGGGUCUGAUCAGCAUUCGCCAUGCCUACACAACGGAUUUGAA